AUGGUGGAAAAGGAAGUGCUGGCGUUACUUCGUGUUUUGGAUGUAUGCCAUACUACGCUUGCCUCGCGGGAGAUCACUGUGCUGACCCGACAUUCUACGUUAGCGUGGUUGAUGCAAUCUCGAGGGCUCAACGGGAGAUUAGGACGGUGGGCUGCUUUGCUGUCGAACUGGACUAUAGAGGUGAAGAGGUGCGAAAAAGGAGAAGAAGAGAUUUUGGGCAUGCUAGCAGCAAGUAUCACCCCGAGAGAAGAGGUGGAAGAGAUGCUGAUUGCGAUUUCCCCCCGAAAGGACUGCCGACUCAAAAUAUCGACGCCUCCUCCAACGGUGGAAGCAGAUGAGGAGUUGCUGGUGGCCAGUUUCGAUGGAUCGGCGAGGAUAAAAAAGAAAGGAGGGUCGUACAGUGCUGUGAUAUGGAGGUUACCCGAGUAG